AUGUCGCGUAUGCUCUCGUAUGUGAGCAGACCCGUCCAUCCGCCUGCUUAUCCGCCGUCUCAGGAGCGCAAAUUCGUCCUGGCCCUCCUCUUCUCGUACGAGCUGCUCCGUUCACCACCACCACCACUGGCAAGAAACGGCCUGAUUCCCCUCCUGCAUACCUCAUCCCCUCAUCCUGCGCCGCCGUCUCUGCGGCACCGAUCCGUGCUCCACUCCGUCCGUGCCGCCACGGUCCCUUCUGUUUCUCGUACGAUUCCCCUCCGCCCUAACCGCAUCUACCCGUGGCUUCACGCGCGCACAGAGGGCCGCCCGAGGCGCUACCUCGGGUUGCGUUGGCGCGGCCUGGCGGGCCCGUUGCUGGCUUGCUUGCUUGCCCGCUCGCUCCCUGGAGCACGGCCACGGCGUCGGUCGAACAGGCCGUGUUAUACAACCUUUCCACCGCGCUUGUCGUCGCUUAACCAGCAACUUCCAUGGGGCGAGAGGACAGUGGUGGAGAGAGAGGCAGUCGUCAAUGUUCGCCUUGACACACGCGCGCUCUUGAGUCGUCGUCCUCCAUAUGAUGCCGCACGAUGA